UCACGUGGGUCUCGCGGCGGUGGGUGGGGUGUCACGUGACCGGGGUAGAUCAGCUGAUCGGGUCCCGCGUGCAGCAGAGGAACGGUCGGGGCGUUGCUGCUGUUGCUGCUGGUGGUGGUGCCGACAGGAGACGCACACACACACAGUGAGUGGCGCGUGUCACGCUACACAGGGUGAUGGCCACCAAGCGGCUGCCUGAGUUGCUCACCCGGGUGCGGACGGAGCUCGACCGCGUCAUGGCGUUCUGGCUGCGGCACUCGCAUGACCAGGAGCACGGAGGCUUCUUCACGUGCCUGGGCCGCGACGGUGCCGUCUACGAUGAGCUCAAGUAUGUGUGGCUACAGGGACGGCAGGUGUGGAUGUACUGCCGUCUGUACCGCGAACUGCCCAGGUUCCGCACGCCACAGAUCCUCGAGGCGGCCAAAAAAGGGGGGGAGUUCCUGCUGCGCCAUGCGCGCGUCUCCGCAGACUCGCCCAAGUGCGCCUUUGUGCUGACACGUGACGGCCGUCCCGUCAAGGUUCAGAGGACCAUCUUCAGCGAGUGCUUUUAUGUGCUGGCCAUGAGCGAGCUGGGCCGCGCUACCGGCGACGCCAAGUACACGGUGGCUGCCAAGGAGAUGAUGUCACAGAUCGUGCGCUGGGUGCGCGAGGACCCCUCCGGCCUCGGGCGUCCGCAGCUCUCCGGCGCGACACCCGACAGCUCGCUCGCCGUGCCCAUGAUGUUGCUGUGCCUCCUGGAGCAGAUGGAGGAGGCCAGCGAGGAGGGGGAGGGGGCGGUGGGCGGGGGCGAUGGCAAUGCGGAGCUGGGCCGCUGGUGCGUCGACCGGAUCCUCAAACACCUGCAGAGGGGCGGCUCCGUCGUGCUGGAGACGGUCACUCCCGAUGGCGAGGAGCUCCCGGGCAGCGCCGGGCGCCUCCAGAACCCGGGCCACGCCAUCGAGGCCGGCUGGUUCUUGCUACAGCGCGCGUCGCGCCUUGGAGACGCGGCACUGGCACGCACGGCGCUCGCCAGCUUCGUGGAUGUCCCCUUCAGUGCCGGCUGGGACCCCCAGCACGGGGGGCUCCUCUACUUCCUGGAUGCAGACGGGCUGCCCCCCACACAGUUGGAAUGGUCCAUGAAGCUGUGGUGGCCACACUGUGAGGCGCUCAUCGCCUUCCUCAUGGCAUUCCGCGAGACCCGCGAGACCCGCCACCUCGACUCUUUUACCCGCGUCUUGGACUACUCCAUCUCUAAAUUCUCGGAUGCCGAUCACGGAGAAUGGUACGGGUACCUGGACCGCCAAGGCAGCGUCACGCACACGUUCAAGGGCGGCCCCUUCAAAGGCUGCUUCCACGUACCCCGCGCCCUCUACAUGUGUGAGAAGAUGCUGGCCGACCUGACGGACGCCUCCAAGGCUUCGGGGUAGGCGUCGGUGGGAGGCCAGGGCGUCAAACCCUCGGGCCUCAUGGCUGCCAACCAGGCCCAGACCCCACGAAAAAAUUAAACCACUAAAAAGGGAAGGUGAUUGCACUUACCAGCAGAGGCGCAGUGGGUGAAUGUGAGCCCAAUCAAAAUGCUUUUGUGCUGAUUGGUGUGCAGUGAUUUAACGAACUGACAUGGAUGAGUGUUUUGAUUGAAUUGCAGAAUCUAUUCCUUUUGGUCUCAUUUUCACAGUGUGUGCUGUUUGUCAGUACUGGUCUUAUAUGAACUGCCUCUCAUUUGUACUGCCACUACUGUCUGAAUAAUACUGGUCGCGAAAGCCUACGUCCAUCUCCAUUGUGUUUUCCUGUGGCUCGUUGUUUAUAGUUUACCACUAUCGCUCGUCCCACCUGCCGUCUCAUCUGUGCCGAUUUGCGCUGCCUGCAAUUUGUCUAAUUUGUACUGUCCGUACCGCGUCCGUUUUUUUUACGUCUCCUUCAUUAUGAACGUUGACUAUAAAGGGAAACAUUUGUGCAUUGCAAGCAAUCGAUUCUCACGCACAAGCGCGAUCCAUGUAUCGCGCCGUAUAUAUGAAUCGACUUGAACUGACGAAUCGUUAUGUGCCUACUUUGCGGGAUAGCGGGUUGGGUGCACGAGGUGCGGUGAAAGGUGGGUGGGAGUUGCACACCCCCUCUGCUGCUCGUGUUAAUGCACUCGGCUUGCAGCUCCACUGGAUUAUCAUUUCAAUGUUUAUUGAUUGUUGAAACCAAAAAAUGAAUACAAUGCACUAAGCUUAUCAUAGUAAAUGUCUUAAAGCUUUUGUAACGUUUUGUGAACUAAUCAAUAAAAUAUGCAAUCUGC